GACCACUUCACGUCCCCGGAUGAGUACGAGGAGCCGGCGGUUCUGUUCGAGGCGAUCUCGUCUCACCAGCAGAACCUGGUGAUCGCUCACGAGGGCGACCCGGCCUGGAGGAGCGCCGUCCUCUCCAACUCGCCCUCGCUGCUGGCGCUCAGACACGUCCUGGACGAGGGGACCAACGAGUACAAGAUCAUCAUGCUCAACAGACGCUACCUCAGCUUCAGGGUCAUCAAGGUGAAUAAGGAGUGUGUGCGCGGGCUGUGGGCGGGGCAGCAGCAGGAGCUGGUGUUUCUCAGGAACAGGAACCCUGAGCGCGGCAGCAUCCAGAACGCCAAGCAGGCUCUGAGGAACAUGAUCAACUCGUCCUGCGACCAGCCCAUCGGAUACCCCAUCUACGUGUCGCCCCUCACCACCUCCUACUGCAACACUCACCCCCAGCUGGGACACAUCCUGGGGGGGCCCAUCAGCAUCGGGAACAUCAGGAACUUUGUUGUGAGCACCUGGCACAGGUUACGUAAAGGCUGCGGUGCCGGCUGUAACAGCGGAGGGAACAUCGAGGACUCGGAUGCGGGGGGGAUGUCCUGCGGGAGUGGGAACGGGACGGGGGGCGACUCUCAGCAGAGCUCCGUGUCUCAGGGCGGGACGUCUGGACCGGCCCCCUCCCACACCUACCAGCCCCACACUCUGGGUGAGAACUC